UGGAGAGACUUACAUAAAGAGUUGAAAUACAAAGAGAGGGAAAAUAAAUCUAUCAGUUUUGUGUGAUAAUGGCGCUGCGAGCCGCUCUGCUGAAGAGUAUCUGGUACGCUUUCACUUCACUGGACACAGAAGAUAGCGGGAAAGUGUCCAAGUCACAGCUGAAGGUUCUGUCUCAUAAUCUUCACAGUGUUUUGAGGAUUCCUCAUGACCCAGAGGCCCUCGAGAGACACUUCAGUGAUGAUGAUGAUGGUCCAGUGUCCACUCAUGGGUACAUGCCCUACCUAAACCAGUUUAUACUGGACAAGGUGGUGGAGGGCACGUUUGUUAAAGAAGAGGUGGAUGAAUUGUGCUGGACUCUCUGUUCUAAGAAAUACUACCGUCCUGAAACCCUCCGUGUUCUGUCCAAUCAGGACGCACUACGACUCUGGUGUCUCUUUAACUUCCUGGCAGAGGAUCAGUAUCCUCUUGUGCUUGUACCAGAGGAGGCGGAGUAUUUGCUGAGGAAGAUCAGCAGCGUGAUGACGGUGGAGUUGAACUGUGUUGACGUGGAGGAGUUUCUGUCACAGGACUGCGUUCAGAAGGACGGUUUGAACGUCUGGAGUUUCCUGCAGCUGGUGAACUCGGCCACUAUGAGUCGAGGGGUGGAUAAAGACAGUAUCAGUAUGGCGGUAGAGAAGGUAUAUCGAGAGAUGGUGGGAAGCGUCCUGAAAGAGGGAUAUCUGUGGAAGAAGGGUCACUUACGUAGGAACUGGACGGAACGCUGGUUUUGUUUGAAGCCCGGCUCUCUAUCGUACUUUAUAAACGAGGACUGUAAAGAGUGUAAAGGCGUCAUUGAUAUGGACCAGAACUGCUGUGUUGAGGUGCUGUCUGACAGGGAAGGGAAGAGAUGCAUGUUUUGUGUGAAGACCCUUAACAAAACCUUUGAGAUCAGCGCAUCUGACUCCAGACAGAGACAAGAGUGGAUUACAGCGAUCCAAACAGCUUUGCGUCUGUCUGCUGAGGGAAAAAGCUCUCUGCAUGAGGAGCUGAGGGCCCGUCGGCAGGAGCUGCGUGAAGAGAGAGACAGGAGACGUGCGUUUCGGGCGGAGGAGACACGCAGGCUUCAGGAGUUGCAGGGGGAGCGUGAGGAGCAGCUGGCUGAACUGGAGCUUCUGAAGGAGGCGCAGAGACAAGCUCGGGACUCCUUACGGCAGGAGGAGCAGAGGAGGCGCAGUCAGCAUGAGGAGCUCCAGAAGACCCUUCAGAGACAGCUGCAGGAGGCAGAGGAGGCAAGAGCGAAUCUUCACGCAGAGGUAACCGUAAGAGAUCUGGAGGUGGAACAUCAGCGCAGGAGAAUCAAAGAACUCGAAGAUCUUCAUUGCAGACUGCAGGACGCUUUAGAUCAACAGAUCAGAGCCCGCCAAGAGGAGGAGACCUACAGAUACACACAGACCAGGCUCUUGGCGGAGGAGGAGGAGAAGGUGAAGUCUCUUCUGGCUCUACAGGAGGAGCAGGAGGUGCAGCUCCUCCAGACCCAGCGAGAGAAACAGGAGCUUAAGCAGGAGAUGGAGAGAAAGUCACAGGCUCUCGAAGAGGCCCAGCGACAGGUGGAGAAAAUCCGGGCCAGUCGACGUCGAGUUGAUCAGGACAUCGCUGCUGCUCAGCGAAAGCUUCGACAGGCCAGUACCAGCGUGAAGCACUGGAACGUUCAGAUGAACCGACUCAUGCACCCCAUUGCCCCUGGAGAGAGGAGAUCUUCUUCUCUGACCUCUCCGGUCCGUGCUUCUUCAGUCAGUGAGAUAGAGUCAAGAACUCACCAGAGAUCAGAGAGAGAACUACACAAACACAAGAGCUUUGACUGUGGGGACAACAUCAGAUAUGUUGAGAAUAUGGACUUCAGCAACAAACUUCCUUCUGAUAGCGAUGAUCAAUAGACCUGACAACGCAGAAUAAACUUGACAUAGAGAAGUGAUAAACCUGAUGUGGACAUAAAUAAACCUGAUAUAAAGCUGAGUAAACCUGACAUAGAGAUAAAUAAACCUGACUAAGAGAAGUGAUAAACCUGAUGUGGACAUAAAUAAACCUGAUAUAACGCAGAAUAAACCUGACGUGGACAUAAAUAAACCUGAUAUAAAGCUGAGUAAACCUGACAUAGAGAUAAACAAACCUGACUUAAUGCUAAGUAAACCUGACAUAGAGAUGAAUAAACCUGACUUAAUGCGAAGUAAACCUGAUAUAUAGAUGAAUAAACCCGACUUAAUGCUAAGUAAACCUACUGUAACAGAGAAGUGAUAAACCUGAUAUGGAGAUGAAUAAACCUGACAUAGAGAAGUGAUAAACUUGAUGUGGACAUAAAUAAACCAGAUAUAAAGCUGAGUAAACCUGACAUAGAGAUAAACAAACCUGACUUAAUGCUAAGUAAACCUGACAUAGAGAUGAAUAAACCUGACUUAAUGCGAAGUAAACCUGAUAUAUAGAUGAAUAAACCCGACUUAAUGCUAAGUAAACCUACUGUAACAGAGAAGUGAUAAACCUGAUAUGGAGAUGAAUAAACCUGACAUAGAGAAGUGAUAAACUUGAUGUGGACAUAAAUAAACCAGAUAUAAAGCUGAGUAAACCUGACAUAGAGAUAAACAAACCUGACUUAAUGCCAAGUAAACCUGACAUAGAGAUAAACAAACCUGACUUAAUGCCAAGUAAACCUGACAUAGAGAUAAACAAACCUGACUGAAUGCUAAGUAAACCUGACAUAGAGAUGAAUAAACCUGACUUAAUGCUAAGUAAACCUGAUAUAGAAGUGAUAAACCUGAUAUGGAGAUGAAUAAACCUGACUUAGAGAAGUAAUAAACCUGAUGUGGAUAUAAAUAAACCUGAUAUAAUGCAGAAUAAACCUGACAUGGACAUAAAAAAACUGACAUAAAGCUGAGUAAACCUGACAUAGAGAUAAACAAACCUGACUUAAUGCUAAGUAAACCUGACAUAGAGAUGAAUAAACCUGACUUAAUGCCAAGUAAACCUGAUAUAGAGAUGAAUAAACCUGACUUAAUGCUAAGUUAACCUAACAGAGAAGUGAUAAACCUGUUAUGGAGAUUAAUAAACCUGACAUAGAGAAGUGAUAAACUUGAUGUGGACAUAAAUAAACCAGAUAUAAAGCUGAGUAAACCUGACAUAGAGAUAAACAAACCUGACUUAAUGCCAAGUAAACCUGACAUAGAGAUGAAUAAACCUGACUUAAUGCUAAGUAAACCUGACAUAGAGAUAAACAAACCUGACUUAAUGCCAAGUAAACCUGACAUAGAGAUGAAUAAACCUGACUUAAUGCCAAGUAAACCUGACAUAGAGAUGAAUAAACCUGACUUAAUGCCAAGUAAACCUGACAUAGAGAUGAAUAAACCUGACAUAGAGAAGUGAUAAACCUGAUAUGGACAUAAAUAAACCUGAUUUAAUGAUGAGUAAACCUGAUGAAUAAACCUGACUUAAUGCUAGGUAAACCUGACAUAGAGAUAAACAAACCUGACUGAAUGCUAAGUAAACCUGGCAUAUAGAUGAAUAAACCUGACUUAAUGCUAAGUAAACCUGACAUAGAGAUGAAUAAACCUGACGUGGAGAUAAAUAAACCUGACAUAGAGAAGUGAUAAACCUUAGCCUACCUGAGUGAUAAGUGAUAAAUAAGCCUGACCUAGAGAUGAAUGACAUAAUGCUGAGUAAAGGUGAUGUGGAGAUAAAUAAAGAUGACAUUGAUGCUAAAAAGAGUCUGGUGUUAAAUAUGUAAUGAAUCAGUUGUGUAUUGUCUGUGUGUAUUUGUGAUGAUGACUGUAGUGUCAGUGCGUGUGGGAGAUUUGAGCGAAACUCUUGUGGUUUGACUUCCUGUUUCCUGUCUUAGCUGAAGAUGCUGUGUUGUGUUUGUUAGAUGAACAACUCUUUAUCAAACAUUUCAUUUAUUUAAAACAUAAUAUGUGUGUAGAGCAGUGUCUGAUAACAGAUAAUCACAUGACAGAGACUCAUCAGACACAUCUGAU